UAGUGCAUGGUUUCCUUUAUGAGCAUUUUCUUGCCUUCAAUCACCUCUUUCUUUCAUAAAUACAUUUACUUUCCGUGUUUGUGCUAGUCUAGAUUAAACCCCCCCGCGGAUCCACUUCACUCUCACAUUUUCUGGUUCAAUUCCAUUACAACUCUCUCUCUCACUGCAUUUCAACACGCCAUUUUCCACAUUCUUUCGCCACACAACAAAUUAAGAAGGCUGAAGUACCAAUAAUUCACCAGCUUAAGGGACCCAGCCAUCAUUCUUUAAGUGCAAUAACUCAGUUGAACAGCUAUAAGUGGGCCUGAAUCAGCAAGAUCCGUCACAAACCGGGUCCAGUCCUAGUAAAACAAAAUAAUUACAUUCUCAGUUUCUCACACACCAUCCAUGACAUCCAAACCAGUCCGUUUCUUCAAGGUUAUAAUCUCACAAUCUCUUCAACAAGGGAUACUUAAACUCCCAAAGAAUUUCAGUAGAAAAUAUGGUGCUUCUUUACCAAAGCCUGUGUUUCUCAAGCCUCCAAAUGGAACUGAAUGGAAAGUAGAUUGGACUAUGCAUGAUGCUGCUGUUGUGUUUGAAAAUGGUUGGAAAGAGUUUGUUACAUAUUACUCUAUAGAUCAUGGGCAUGUGUUGAAGUUUGAAUAUAAUGGAAAUUCCAAAUUGGGGGUUCAAAUUUGUGACAAGAGUGGCCUUGAAAUAAAGUAUCCUUUCAAUGUUAAUCAACAAGAAAAGGUUAACAUUAUUGAGAUCAGUGAUGAAGAAGUUCAAGCGUUCGAUGAAAUGCCUCAACGACAAAACAAUAGAAGGAAAUCACCAAAGUCUCAGCUUAACCAAAGGAAUGGUAAUCAGUCUCAAGGGACAAGUUUUUUGAAGUCAACAUCAACAUCCAUUGAAAAAGAAUUAGAUGGUGAUGAAGAAGAUAAAAGUAAGGAUAGCAUUUCCAUUAAAGAUAGAAAGGAAACUCAAACAACUUCAAAGGUUACAAGUCCCCUCGCUGAAACAAGUGGUACUCUGAAGGAAGCUGAGAAAUUCACCUCAAAAAAUCCGUUUUUCAUCAUAAAUGUAACGAAAAAAUUUCUGGACCAAAGCAGACCGAAUGUACCAAUUGACUUUGUCAAAAAGUACCUCAAGCAAAAGCAGUAUGCCAUGGUAAGGUUUAGAAAUAAAUUGUGGCCUUUGAAGUUGCUGCCUUAUGUAACAAAAAAGGAAUCAAUCCGGUUGUCCACUGGUUGGAACUUGUUUGCUAAAGCAAGUGAAUUGCAAGCUGGAGAUGUUUGCAUCUUUGAGCUGAUCAACAUGACAAAUUCAGAGUUUGAUGUUCACUUCUUUAGAUCUCACUCCUAAGCAAUCCAUUUGGGACUCUGCUAGUGUGUUAGUUUUCUUAACUUUCUGAAUAGGUAUCACUUUUUUUUUCCAAUGUAAUCUGCAAAACCUCUGAGGACUUGUAUCAUCAUCAUGUAAUAAUCUUCCUGUUACAUGUCAUUGGCUGCAUUUUUUUACCUUUCAUGUUAAAGAUUUGAUGAAUGUGAAUAUCAGCAUUUGAGUC